GGCGCUAGGGCAGCCUGGUGAACACCGUUCCGGGGCUGCUGUGUUCGCGCUCGUCCCCUGAGCUGGUCAUAUACUGGUAUUCAGAUCAUGCACUGGGGGGAUGCGUAAAAGGACGUCGCAUUGCCUGUAGUUCUAUGCAAGUGACUUUUUGCUGUGUUGGUGGCACCGGUGCCUGUAAAAACUCUCUUUUGCCCUGUGUAGGUUUUUGAAAAAAACUGAUUUUCAAAAUGAAUAAAGAUGCCCAGAUGAGAGCAACCAUUAACCAAAAGCUAAUAGAAACCGGAGAGCGAGAAAGGCUUAAAGAGUUGCUGAGAGCCAAAUUGAUUGAAUGUGGCUGGAAGGAUCAGUUGAAGGCACAUUGCAAAGAUGUCAUCAAAGAAAAAGGAUUAGAGCAUGUUACUGUUGAUGACUUGGUGUCAGAAAUCACUCCCAAAGGCAGAGCCUUGGUACCAGACAGUGUAAAGAAAGAGCUCUUGCAAAGAAUAAGAACCUUCCUUGCCCAACAUGCCAGUCUUUAACUUGGACAUUUGUCUGAGAUACAGUGUUUCUGGUUUGAUAUUAUGUCAAUUAUGUCAGGAUUGGAAUGCAGUUUACAUGCUUAAGGAUGGAAAACCUUCUUUUUUUCUUUUUUUGUAUGAUGAGUUGAUGCUUCUUUGCACUGCAUUGAUUUCUUAAACAUGGUGUUAUUUUAAUAAAAAAUAAUUGUGGA